CGCAGCUCCGCGCACGGCCGCCCGCCUUCAUCUGAGUGUCUGACUUCUUCCAAAUAAAAUCAUUUAAAAAAGGAAACAAAAAACUUAACACAGGGGAACUUUAACGGAGCUGCUUGACGGACUUCUCACUCUCACAGGUGAAAACGUCCAGUUCUAAAACCGAGCGUCCGCCAGCGCCGCCUCCUGGAAUCAGUCCCCGCGAAUCCUGAACGCCGCCAGCGUCUUGUCCUGCUGUGAGCGCCGCCAUGCCGGGGGUCGUGGAUCGCAUGGAGCUGAGGAAGGUCGCCACGGAGGUGGACGACGACAGCGCCGACAGCCUGGACGACCGCUUCACCGAGCCCAUCGACUCCGAGAAGGCCACCAUCAACAGCCAAUUCCUGGACGACAAUGACGACGGAGAAAGCCAGAAGUUCCUGUCAAACGGUCUGAUGAAGAAGAAGAAGUAUGAGGAGUACCAUGAAGAAUAUCACCCGGGCCAUGCCUCCUUCGGCAUGUCCAUCUUCAACUUGAGCAACGCCAUCAUGGGCAGCGGCAUCCUGGGCCUGUCCUACGCCAUGGCCAACACCGGCAUCGUCCUCUUCUUAAUCCUCCUGGUGGCCGUGGCCAUUCUGUCGCUCUACUCGGUGCAUCUGCUGCUGAUGACCGCCAAAGAAGGAGGAUCCCUCAUCUAUGAGAAGCUGGGAGAGCGGGCGUUCGGCUGGCCCGGGAAGAUGGCCGCCUUCGGUUCCAUUAUAAUGCAAAACAUAGGAGCCAUGUCCAGCUACCUCUUCAUCGUCAAAUACGAGCUCCCAGAAGUGAUCAGGACCUUCAUGCGCUUGGAGGAGAACUCCGGUGAGUGGUACCUGAACGGGAACUACCUGGUGGUGUUCGUCUCGGUCGGGGUCAUCCUCCCCCUGUCCCUGCUGAAAAACCUCGGUUACCUGGGCUACACCAGCGGCUUCUCCCUCAGCUGCAUGGUCUUCUUCUUAGGCGUUAUAAUCUACAAGAAGACGCAGCUGCCGUGCCCGCUCCCGUUCUUCUACGGCCACUCCAACCUCAGCAUGAACGCCUCGGACGCGUCGGGCCUGUACGCGCUGCACAACCGCUCGGCGCAGAUGGAUUUCUCCCGAGCCGACGUGACGCCCGCCGUGCCCGCCGGCCACGACGCCCACCACUCCACGGGGGUGCACUACCAGCCCCACCCCGACGACGAGGAGAUGUGCACGCCCAAGUACUUCGUCUUCAACUCGCAGACGGCGUACACCGUGCCCAUCCUGGCCUUCGCCUUCGUCUGCCACCCUGAGGUGCUGCCCAUCUACAGCGAGCUCAAAGACCGCAGCAGGAGGAAGAUGCAGAACGUCUCCAACCUGUCCAUCCUGGCCAUGCUCAUCAUGUACAUGCUGUCGGCGCUGUUCGGCUACCUCACCUUCUACGACUUCGUGGAGGCAGAGUUGCUCCACACCUUCACCAAGGUGUACAAGUUCGACACGAUGCUGCUGCUGGUGCGCCUGGCCGUCCUCACCGCCGUCACGCUCACCGUGCCCAUCGUGCUUUUCCCCAUCCGCUCCUCCAUCACCACGCUGCUCUUCAGUGGGCGGGACUUCAGCUGGACCCGGCACAUGCUGAUCGCCGCCGCCAUCCUGGCCUUCAACAACAUGCUGGUCAUCUUCGUCCCGACCAUCAGGGACAUCUUCGGCUUCAUCGGUUCGUCUGCGGCCACCAUGCUCAUCUUCAUCCUCCCUGCUGCGUUCUACCUCCGCCUGGUGAAGUCGGUGCCGCUCCGCUCCCCGCAGAAGAUCGGGGCCGCCGUCUUCCUGGUGGUGGGAAUCGUCUUCAUGAUCGGCAGCUUGUCGCUCAUCGCCCUGGACUGGAUCCACAACCCGUCGGGCUCCGGCGGCGGCCACUAGGCCCGCCGGGGCACCGCGUUCGGCCGGCGCCGUCAUCCUCACCCGUCUGCAAUCUCUCCUGGCGGCUUCCCUUCAUCCGGCGGUGGACAGAACGCGCCGCGUCAGGCGAGGACGCGUUGGGCUCCCCCUGCUGGCGGAACCAGUCCCGCCGCCCUCGUCCGAACUGUGACCUGCAGGGACGACGACGCACAACCAGUCGUCCUCCGAGAUCCGUGGAGACGUUUUUGGAGGACUAUUCACACACACGUUUCUAGCAAUAUGUUUCAGCUUCAGCACACACGUCAACGUCAGUAUUGACUCAAAACCAUCGUCAGGAAGUCGCCGCCGCGCUCCACGUCAAUCGGUCCUUGACUUUGCCAAAGUCAGCACGCACAUAGAGGUUCAGCGGACGGGGAAAUGCCAGAGGCCUUCCUGAAGCUGGCUGUUUUCAUCUCGGCUGUCCGGGCGGAAGCGAAGAGGCGCUCUCAGUAUUACUGACACGGAGAGAUGGGAACCGGCAGGGUGUGAAUGUACAUAAUUUAUCUACUGAAAGAAAA